AUGGCUGAGUCUCUUAAACCUCAGAAAAGGAUACUAGGCGAUGCGAGCGUCAGCCGUCGAAACGUUCAGGUCAGGUCUACUUCCCCUACUUCGGCGAAAAAGCGGAAGCUCGAGGCUGGUCAACCGCAAACUAAUAUCCGGGCGCCCUUGUUAUCCUCGCAAAAUGGAUUGAAAAGCUCGUUUGGCUCAGCUCAGCGAUCUCAGCAGAGAAGUCAAUUUGAGGAUGUGUUGGAGAAGUUGACUCAGGAUAUUGGCGACCUCAAGGAAAACAAUGCAGAGAAGGACCAGAAGUGGGAACGUCCAUCACUAGAUGGCUUUGAUCCCUCCAGAGACAACCUAUGUUUUCAGCAGAUCGACGUUGAGGAAGGAUACCUGGCUGGAGGGACUGCCGUGAAGUUAUUUGGAGUCACAGAGAAUGGUAACUCGGUACUCCUUCAUGUCACGGGCUUUAUGCAUUAUCUUUAUAUUGCGGCUCCGGUCGCCUUCACUCAAGCCGAUUGCGUCCCGUUCAAAGCAUAUCUUGAAAACCAAUUAUCUGUGACAGAGCCGGUGAUACAUUCGGUUCAAAUGACUAUGAGAGAGAAUCUGUACGAGUUUCAAGGAAAUCAGCAAAGCCCAUACCUUAAAAUUACCGUGACAAGCCCAAAGGCCAUCAACACCGUUCGAUCUACCAUAAUGAGCGGCGCCGCCAACUACAAAGGCAUGUGGAAAGGGAUUGAAGGAGAAAUUUUAACAUUUGAUAACAUCCAAUACCUUUUGCGAUUUAUGAUCGAUACCGGGAUUUCUGGUAUGUCAUGGGUAGAGGUACCAGCAGCGAAAUAUGAGGUCCUACCACCUGGCCAAUGCCAGUCAAACUGCCAAAUCGAAGCGUCAGUACAUUAUCGUGAUAUGAUUGCCCACCCUAAUGAUGGUGAGUGGGCAAAGAUGGCACCCCUCCGUAUCUUGUCUUUCGAUAUAGAAUGUGCUGGCAGGAAGGGAAUUUUUCCUGAACCGAAUAUCGACCCAGUCAUCCAGAUUGCCAACAUAGUCACUCGAUAUGGAGAAUCCAAGCCUUUUGUUCGGAAUGUUUUUGUCAUGGACACAUGCAGCUCGAUCGUGAAUACACAAGUACUAGAGUUUGACAAGGAAGAAAACAUGCUAAUGGCAUGGAGAGACUUUGUGGAGAAGGUUGAUCCAGAUGUUAUCAUUGGAUAUAACAUUGCCAACUUUGAUUUCCCGUACUUGCUAGACAGAGCAAGGUACCUGAAUUGCCUAAAAUUCCCGUACUGGUCACGAUUGAAGGGGGUCCAAUCUCAUGCAACGAAAACAUCAUUUGCUAGCAAACAAAUGGGUAAGAGGGACUCCAAAGCCACCAAUACCAAUGGAAGAAUCCAGCUAGAUUUGUUGCAGUUGGUUCAACGGGAUCACCACUUGCGAAGCUAUACCUUGAACUCCGUUUGCGCUGAAUUCCUAGGAGAGCAAAAGGAAGAUGUCCAUCAUACUAUGAUCACAGAACUUUACAACGGAACGCCAGACUCGAGAAGACGUCUCGCUGUAUACUGUUUGAAGGAUGCCUACCUGCCUCAGCGACUUAUGGACAAGCUCAUGUGCUUGGUUAAUUACACUGAAAUGGCAAGGGUUACUGGUGUUCCAUUUAAUUUCCUUCUUGCUAGAGGUCAACAGAUCAAAUUCAUCUCCCAGCUUUUCCGGAAAGCUCUCGAGCAGAAACUUGUCAUCCCAGACUUGAAGAACGACGAUAAUAGCAACCAGCAGUAUGAGGGAGCAACGGUUAUAGAGCCUGUGAGAGAUUAUUACCCAGUUCCCAUCGCCACCCUUGAUUUCGCAUCUCUAUACCCUAGCAUCAUUCAGGCGCACAAUCUAUGCUACACCACACUUCUGAGUAAACGGACAGUCGAAAAGUUGGGACUGAAAAAGGGCGAAGAUUACAUCGUUACGCCGAAUGAUGACAUGUUUUGCACCGCCAAAAUUCGCAAGGGACUACUUUCACAGAUUCUAGAGGAACUACUUACAGCGAGAAAACGGGCAAAGAGAGAAUUAGCUGUCGAAAAGGACCCAUUCAAGAAGGCCGUGCUCAAUGGCCGACAACUUGCCUUGAAAAUCAGUGCCAACAGUGUGUAUGGAAUCACGGGAGCCACGAACGGAAAGCUACCGUGCCUCCCCAUUGCUAGUAGUACCACCAGUUAUGGCCGUCAGAUGAUUGAGAAAACAAAGGAUGAGGUCGAGGCAAGAUACACCAUAUCCAAUGGCUACACGCAUGAUGCCAAAGUCAUCUACGGAGACACCGAUUCUGUCAUGGUCAAAUUCGGAACCACGGAUCUAGCUGAAGCCAUGAAACUUGGUGAAGAAGCUGCGGGGUUCGUAUCGUCGAAGUUUAUGAAGCCUAUCAAACUGGAGUUUGAAAAGGUCUACUACCCAUAUCUCCUUAUCAACAAGAAGCGAUAUGCUGGUUUAUACUGGACCAACCCCGUCAAAUAUGACAAGAUGGACACUAAGGGCAUAGAAACUGUUCGGAGAGACAAUUGUCUCCUGGUUCAAACUGUCAUUGAAACCGUUUUGAACAAAAUUCUUAUCGACCGGAAUGUCAGUGGAGCGGAAACCUAUGUUAAAAAUAUAAUCUCAGACUUGCUUCAAAACAAAGUUGACAUGUCAAAACUUGUUAUAACAAAAGCCUUGACCAAGGAAGAAUACACGGGUAAACAAGCCCAUGUAGAGCUUGUUGAACGUAUGAGAAAACGAGACGCGGGCUCUGCACCCACUCUUGGUGAUCGUGUUGCCUACGUUAUCGUUGGUGGCGCUACAGGAGCUAAAAAUUAUGAGAAAUCAGAGGAUCCGAUAUAUGUCCUCGAGAACAACAUCCCCAUUGAUACCCGAUAUUACCUAGAAAAUCAACUUGCCAAACCCUUGACCCGUAUUUUCGAACCCAUACUCGGCGAAAAGAAGGCUGCUCAACUGCUGAAGGGUGACCAUACUCGUUCUAUAACAGUGGCAGCACCGACUCUUGGGGGAUUGAUGAAGUUUGCUAAGAAGACUCAAACCUGUAUGGGCUGCAAGAAACCGCUGGUCGGCAAGGAAGAGAUGUCGGGUGCUGUAUGUUCAAACUGUCGGCCCAGGCUGGGAGAAUUAUAUACCCGAACCCUGAACAAAGUUUCAGAGCUUGAGGUAAGGUUUGGUCGUCUCUGGACACAAUGUCAACGUUGUCAAGGUAGUUUGCACGGUGAAGUCAUUUGCUCGAGUCGAGAUUGCCCUAUUUUCUACAUGAGAAUGAAGGCGAAAAAGGACGUUGAGGAUUCUGAAAAAGAACUCGCUCGAUUUGAUAACGACCCUGGUGCGUGGUAG